CCUGUUUGAUGUUCUUAAUAGUCGCUCACCAUACGGCAAGGGAACAAAACAGCCAAUCAGGACGGAGAACUGGGCUGAAAUCAAGACGUUCCUGCUUGAAACAAAGGACUACUUGACAGCCUUGAAGACUGUGGAAGGGAUACCUUUGCAUACUUCAGUCAGAGGAACCUGUAUCGUAGGACUAUGCAUGGACAUCGUAAGCACCAUAGCUAUAGUAGAAGAGCUCAUGCUUCCCAAGGUGCAUGGUUUCAACUACUUCUUGACCUAUCGAACAAGUCAAGAUCACCUUGAACUUUUCUUCUGCGCUGUCAGGCAAUGUGGUGGAUCUUCAAACAACCCCACAGCAGGACAGUUCACAAGCAUCUUCAGGCGACUUCUGGCCCGUACCGGCCGUUUGCUUGGAUCCGCGGAAGCAAAUGUGAAGAGACUAGAUGACACAGCCCUAUUGGAUGGUACAACAUCAACCUAUGUUCCUCCGCAUGACACCAAUGCUGCUGAGAUCACCCGGGAAGAACAUAACUAUGCAGCCCUGCACAAGAAUAUGGGCAUCCUGGUUGAGAACAUUGUGGUGUACAUUGCUGGAUGGGUGAUAAAGAAGGCUAUUGAUCAACUCCGCUGCGAAGACUGCAGAAUCAGCCUAGUAUCUGACACCUCUUCUGAGUCUUCAGUACACUACCAGGCAGCAUUGAAGUUCCUCAGCAUGAAGAACUGGAGCAGCAAGCUACAUGUACCAUCGGAUGGUGUCAUCGCAAUUCUCCUUAAGGCCGAGCAGCACCUGAGAGACCUAUCCAGUAUGAAGUAUGUAAACCCAAAGAUCAGCCUGGUGCGACUGCAGUAUCUUGUAUUACGAGAUGUUGACCCUGAUGUCCUGUGUUUGCACUCGCAUGUUAUGGAUACAGCACAAGGAAUAGACAACCACAGUUAUGACUUGGUCCGUUUGCUGGUCAAGAUCUACUUCAAUGUGAGGUACUAUCAUGUGGCUAGGCUACACACACAAAAGUUCCAGGCCAGGAGUGUGCGACAGAAACUAAACAAGUUGGUGUUGUUUAAGGGACAGUAAAAUGUGUGAGGGCAAGUCAAGCAAUGGGAAUGAAUAUUAUAUUAUUUUAUACCUGCCUAAAUUUUUGGUGACCACCUCUUUUUUAUGUAGCCUAAAAUAUGUAAAAUAAAGUAUACAAUUACAAAACAGUCGUUGUCUUUGAAAGCCUACACAUACAGUAGG